AUGGCGGAAAUUCUAGCCUUAACAAAAAGUGUUGUAUUUCUUCUUGCACUCAUCACCUGUCUUCAAAUUCUGUUUACAGAAGCAAGGCCAAUCAAGUCAAUGGACAAGCAGGGCAGCAACAAUACUAUCAACUUUCACCAAAGCAAGAAGACAAUUGGUUCUCAGCACUUUCCUAAUAGUGCAUUUGGUAAUUCUGCAGCUUCCAAGGAUGAUUUCCGGCCAACAUCUCCCGGUUAUAGUCCUGGUGUUGGCCAUCCUAAGGAUAUUACUACCUCCAGCGUUGAACUUUCUGUUGAAGAAUUCAAAGAUGAUUACGGACCCACAAAACCAGCUGGUCCCAACCCCGAAGUUGGCCAUACUACUAACUUGCACCAAAGCAAGUUUGGAAAGAUUAACCGCUCUCAACCUACACCUUCUAGUCACGUUCCACAAUCCAUGGCAGAAAAAGACGAAAUGUCAUCAUCUCCUGUGACCCCGAUUAGAUUCGGUGCUUCUGCUGCAGAUGGCUUCCGGCCAACAACUCCAGGUAGUCAUAGCCCUGGUGUAGGCCAUCCUUUGUCAGGAGAAGCCAGUGAUGUAGAGAUUGAUCCUACGCCAAUAGGUACACCCACAAAUGGUCACAGCCCAGGAGUAGGCCAGGUUAUCAUCUUCCACCAAAGCAAUUCGGGGAACAUAAAGGGUUCUCAACCUAAGUCCUCGAGUCACAUUCCUGAUAACGCUCAUCACCAAACUGCGCCCCUGACCCCAAAUGCCUUGCGCGCUUCAGCUGCAGCAUUCGAGGAUGGUUUCAGGCCAACAACUCCAGGAUUUAGCCCCGGUGUUGGCCAUCCUAAGACACUAGUUACUAGCUCCAACGUUGAAAAUUCUGUUACAGGAUUCAGCGAUGAUUACAGACCCACACACCCAGGUCACAGCCCGGGAGUUGGCCAUCCGUAUGAGAAAAACAAUGCAGAACCAAAUCCUUAGACUUGUGUAUGCAUAGGCUCAGUUGGUACACUUGGAGCUAUACAAGGGGUUCAUUUGGU